CCUCAAAGUUCGCAUGGAUUCAUUUUUACCCCGAAUCCAAUCCGUAUUCUAUUCCAUUUUUGAUAACCAACACGGUCCAAAAAUUGUUUACCAAGUACCAGAGGCCCUCAUCGCGACUACACCAUCGCCCUCGUCGAUUUCGACACUACCCUCCCUGCCUCCCACACCAGCUACCGAUGUCCCACCGUCGCCACGUCUGAGUUCGCGGAAUUCGAGCUCAUCCUUAAUAUCUCCAGUUGAAAACCGCGCUUCUCUAUACCUGAAUUCACCCAACAAACGUUCUACUUCAUCCAACCGCGUCCUCUUCAAUUUCGACGACAUCUCCAAAUACAUUAUCCCACCGAGCCCUCUCUGUGGAAGGCUAGUCAUUUGCUCUACCAAACACCAUCGCAUAAUAGGGUUUCCUGUCGAGCUUCGGGGUCCCUAUGAGCGAAAUUACUUUAGGUACAACCUCUGCUUUGUUUUUGACCGGGGCGCGGAUUUGAGCUGCUACGAACCUAUUGUUCGCAAAGUCAGUCGGGUUCUCACAGCCUGUGAGGAGGAAUCUGCGUUUCUGUCUUCCUCGGAAACUUCCCAUACCGUUCACGCGAUUUUAGAACAACUAUACGAGGAUCUCAAUUCUUAUGCUGAAACGUCCAUUCCGAUUGACCAGUUCAACUCCAUCGAGCUCAAAAUCUUCCCCUUCUACCCCAAUCCUCCUACUGUCACAGACUGGAUGGUCCCAGUCGCUCUCAUCAAUCUCUCGAAGCAGAUAGAGGAAAAUUGGGAUCUGACUAUGGUCAGAAUUUGUCAGUUUAUAGACGGCACGAACCAUGUCGGUCGGAUUGCUCGUCUAGCUGAUUGUGACAUUAGCUUUGCUCGGCAAGCUAUCGCACAUCUCCUAUAUUAUCAGGUCAUCAUGACUAUUGACAUAUUCCAGUACUCAAAUAUGUACACCCUCCAUAAGAGUAUUCAAUGGCUGGCCGAUGAGCCCCAUGUUAAAGAAGAGUGUGGUCCCUAUGUCACUAAACCAGGACGAAUGAUACUGGACUGGCCUCAACUUCUGCAUUUGUAUUCAAGAAUGAAACCAGGCAUAACUGUCUUUAACUGGAUGGUCGCUCAUGGUGUCGACAAAUUGGGAAUUGACGUUCGCCGCUUUACUAGUUUUGGUGUCAUAAAGGGAUACCUUCGAAGAGUCCAUCGGUGGCCCAUACUCCUUCCCAGCACAUCGGAGCUCCCUCGUACCCCAGCACGCCCAAAGAUGAAGAGCUUCUCAGGGACCUCGCAACGGUUCCCACUGUCGCCUAUCCCGUCUGAAACUUCUGCUUCAACGAAUCUCCUCCGGGGGAGAUUUCCGUACACUGCACCUAUAAAUGCUUCUGUCAGUCCUGAUGUCGCUACAAGCGGACCGCCAACACCAAGGGGGGUCUCGUACCGCCCUCGCCGCCCCAGUGCGGCCGAGAAGGUACUCGAACAACUCAAGAGUCGCGACCAACAACAGCUUUCCAGUAGUCCUAGGACUUUGUGGAUCCAUCAGCCGUCCAGUUCGCCUUCCAAUCUCCAUCCAGGGAUUACAGCGACAUCCAGCACACCCCAGGAUAGCAGUCCCUCGUCGAGUAAAUUUGGAAGUAUCGAAUCGCGGCGGCAAUCAGCGGUAUUGGUGCCGCCUGCUGCACCUCCGAGCUCGCCUAAUUUGCCCAAGGCUACACUUGCGAUUCCUGGCCCGGUAAAACCUCGGUUAUCACGAUCUCCUUCUGAGGGUCAGAUGCCUAUUAAUCAUACCACUGAGCAUCUGUCAUUGAUCUACCCGCCACAAUUGUUGCCUCUCCUGAAUGGAGGACAUCAUACGGAUGAACUGGCGGUCCGGUUUGAGGCCGGCUGGGCGCGUUUGGAACAGUGGCUGAUCGCUGCUGGAGGAGGACGGGGAGACGGGGAUUAUGGACGGAUUCAGAUGAUCUUCCGAUGAAUAACACUGAGGUUCUAUGAGAUUAAUAUAUUGGAAUAUAAUCGACCAAAUAACGAGAAUCCCUCUCCGUGAAUUGCUCGUCGUCACCCGUCCGCAUAUUAUACUCUUGCCGAAAGCCUUCACCUGAGGAAGUGCGGACACGAGCCAUUUUGAUAUUCCCCUCGAUUAGAUAUUGAAUCGGCCACGCGCUCUGAAGAUCAUAGCGCGAAGAAUCUAUCAUUG